ACUACAAAGCGCCGUGGCGCCGUCCCACCUCUGGCAAACACCGUCAUACGUAUUUUUCGAAUGCGCUACCGCAACUGUGGUUUGGAGCGAAGCUCUUAUGUCUGCCGGUGUGUGGCACGCACGUUUAAAACUUGUUGAUUGUGACGUUUAUCUGUGAACUACCGUGUGGGUCAAGCAGCCAGGAGCCAUGACGGAAGCACCCAACGAAUUUCGGCUCCAGCAGUCGCCCACAGACGCCAUUUCGUCCCUUCAAUUUGGGCCCAACUCAAACCAGUUUCUGCUUGUCUCUUCCUGGGACUCGAACGUGCGGCUGUACGACGUCGUCAGUAACACUGUGCGUCUCAAGUACAGCCACAAACGUCCAGUCCUGGACUGCACCUUUCAGGAUGCAGUGCACGCCUGGAGCGGAGGGGUGGACUGCCAGGUCAAGUCGUUUGACUUCAACUGCAGCGCGGAGACGGUGGUGGGGCAGCACACAGCCCCCGUGCGCUGCAUCGAGUACUGUCCCGACGUCAACGUGGUGAUCUCGGGCAGUUGGGACUCCACGGUCAAGCUGUGGGAUCCCCGCUCCCCGACCAACGCCGGCACCUUCAACCAGGCCGAACGGGUGUACACCAUGUCGGUGUGCGGUGACAAGCUGGUGGUGGGCACGGCCUUGCGCAAGGUUCUCGUCUGGGACCUGCGCAACAUGGGCUACGUCAAGCAGCGGCGGGACUCGAACCUCAAGUACCAGACGCGCUGCAUCCGCUGUUUCCCCAACCAGCAGGGCUUUGUGCUCAGCUCCAUUGAAGGUCGCGUGGCAGUGGAGUACCUGGAUCCAAGCGCCGAGGUGCAAAAGAAGAAAUACGCUUUCAAGUGCCACCGGACCAAGGACAGUGCGGGCAUCGAGUUGAUCUACCCGGUCAACGCCAUUGCCUUUCACAACCUGUACAACACGUUUGCGACGGGCGGCAGCGACGGCCACGUCAACAUCUGGGACGGCUUCAACAAGAAGCGCCUGUGUCAGUUCCACAAAUACCCCUCGAGCAUUGCGGCCCUCGCCUUCAGCCACGACGGCUCGCUGCUCGCCAUUGGCUCGUCGUUCCUCUACGAGGAAGACGACGUUGAGGUCAUUCCCCCAGAUGCCAUCUUUGUCCGCCGGGUCACCGACCAGGAAACCAAGCCCAAAUGAAUGUACACGUCAAUAAACUGUGGUGCCUGUGCA